GUUGCUAUUCCGAGAUUUCUCUAAAGGCACAACCACUGACUAAUAACAAAGUCUUCCAUGAUUGAUAGAGAGAUUAUGAACUUUUUAUUCGAUUCUCAGUCAGAGAGGUGGUGAGUCACACUGUCUCCGAGUCAUCAUUAAUAUAAACGAUCGAAUUAACCAAUAUCUUAUCGUCUACCCCACACCCUGAUAUUAGUCUGACAGGGGCUAGGCUUGGAUGAGGACCUCGAGUUAGUACUCGUUAUCCCUGCAUCAUGACAUCGCUUUCUCUUCCACCAGGUUACACUCUUCAUGAAGGCUACCCCCCGGUACCAGAUUAUGUCCACCUGCGCUCUGCAUCGGGUCUCACCCCGAAAACUGCCUCGCAGGCAGCCUACGUCGCCAAUGGCAGCUGGUUCGGCUGCUACAUCACCUACACUGACGAGAUGACUGGUUCAUCUGCACAACCUGUCGGUAUGGGCCGCAUUAUUGGCGACGGCGGCUGGUACUUCCAUAUCGCAGACAUGGCGGUGCUCCCCGACCAUCAACGACGGGGGCUCGGGGAUAUCAUUAUGAAGACUCUGCUGGCACGUAUCCGGCGCGAGGCUCCAGAGGGAGUAGCUUACGUGACGUUGUUCGCCGACGAGCCUGGCAGGAGACUCUACUCACGGAACGGGUUUGCCGAUUCAAUGCCCAAGGAGAUGGGGAUGACGUUGUUGAUUGACAAGAGCUCUGUUUAGCAGAAAACGAGAUAGGAUAUAAAUAUGUCUAUAUACAUAUUUCCCCUUUUCUUCUACAAGAGCUCCGCUCAGAGCUAGCUACUCUGAUUUCAUUUCCACCUCGACUUUAUGCACCUUCUUCUCCAGUCGUACGGCAGAUAACCCAUUAGCGAAUCUACUCAUCUUGAAGGAGUCGUGACCCAGCUCCCUAUAGAUAACUUCCAGGUC